AGCCUGGAUGAAAUGAGAACUUUGACAGUUCAAAGAGUGAACUUUAGUAUGGGUCUACCUCUGAUAAAACGUGCACUUCAGGAGCAGGCAGAGAAAACAAAGAAUUUUGUCAGUCGGAGCCUCGUCAUAGGAGAAGUCCUCUGCAUGGCGGACAUGGCCACUGGAGUGAAGUGUGGAAUAAUUUAUUGGCUAUUUGGUGGUGCAGUCAGUAAUCUUGGAAGCCCCAAACACGUCACUAAGUGGUUGCAGCCACUCCAGGAGCAGAAGUACACUGGGAUGUUUGCAAUGACUGAGCGCGGCCAUGGGAGCAACGUCAGAGGGAUCCAGACAGAAGCUACCUUUGACCUUUCUACACAGGAGUUUGUGAUUGACACGCCAUGUGAGGAUGCUGAGAAGAUGUACAUCGGAAACGCGAUGCAUGGCAACUAUGCAGCAGUCUUUGCCCAGCUCAUCAUAAGUGGGAAAUCUCAAGGGCCCCACUGUUUCAUCGUUCCCGUCCGGGAUGAAAAUGGAAGCUUGUACCCAGGAGUGACAGCUAUUGAUAUGAUGUACAAAGAAGGUCUGCAUGGUGUAGACAAUGGGAUUCUAAUAUUUGACAAGGUUCGGAUACCAAGGGAGAACCUGCUGGACAAGUUUGGGUCUGUGACUCCUGAUGGACAGUACCACUCACCUAUCAAGAACAAGAACACAAGAUUCAAUGUGAUGUUGGCAGGACUGACCCCUUCGAGGCUGGCUUUGACUUUCCAAGCGAUGGCCUCCAUGAAGCUUGGGUUGACGAUUGCCAUUCGCUAUAGCCACAGCCGGAGGCAAUUUGGGCCCAAAGCCAAAGAAGAGGUGAAGAUCAUUGAGCACCAAACACAGACCCUUCGGCUGAUGCCUCACCUGGCCACGGCCUUGGCACUGACCUUCGCCAGCAGGUAUGCCGGGGCCCUCCUGGAUGAGGACAUCUUCCAGGGAAAGGGGCUCAUGAGCAGCCGCUCGCUGCAGGCUCUGGUGGCAGGACUGAAGGCCUACAGCACCUGGGAGAACAUCAGCUGUCUGCAGGACUGCCGCGAGUGCACCGGGGGCAUGGGUUACAUGAUGGAAAACCGAAUAUCAGGCUUAAAGUGUGAUACGGAUGUGUUCGUAACUUUUGAAGGUGACAACACUAUUAUGCUUCAGGUCGUCGCGCGGGAACUGCUGGCCCAGUACACCAAGCAGUAUGAAGACAAGCCAUUCUUCAGCCUGCUCCAGAACGGGGCUGAGUCUGUGGGUGACAAGCUGAGAACCAGUUUCCUGGCAUUUCACACGGACACUGUCGGUAGUCUUGCCUUUCUGUUGAAAGCAGUGAAUUUUCGUGAAAGGGUUCUUCAGCGGAGUUUGGUGACCAGAAUUUAUCACAAGGUGAUGACCAAGAAGGAGGACUUCUUCAAUGCCUGGAACUCAUGUCUACACCAUGUGGUUUCCCUGUCUCUGGCACACAUUCACAGAGUUGCAUUAGAGCAGUUCUCCCUGGCGGUGAGGCGCUGCCCUGAACAGGAGGACCGGGCUUUGCUAAUGAAGUUUUGUCUGUUAUAUGGAACCAAGCUGGUGUUCCAGGAGCGGGGCUGGUAUUUGGAGCAUAAAUACCUGACUCCUGCGGCCAGCAAGAAGAUCAGGAGCCAGUUAUUGGAUUUAUGCGACUCGGUGAAGGAUGAGGCCCUGAGGGUGAUCUCCGCCUUUAACAUCCCACAAAGCAGCCUCCACGCACCAGUCGCCGGAGUCCCGAACCCGCGAGCUCCCUGGGCCUUCUACCCCGAGCCGCUGCAGCCGCUGGCCAGGGACUGGGCGCCCUCCCAGCGGUCGAAACUGGCAGCCAAGCUUUAACCCGCGUGGCGGGAAGCGUGUGGCCCGCCCGCAGCUGCCGCGACGCUCACUUCACCGACGCCAGGGCUGGAGCUGAGGCCCGGCUGGCACGCGCUGGGGCAGACGCCCUCAGGGAUUUGGGCUGCAGAGCGGAGGCCCCGCUGCGCCUGGCGGGGCGCCGGAAAGGGAAUCAGAUGGCCACCCGGAGACUGCGGAGCUUUGUCCCCUCCCUGUAACCCCUGGCCUGUCUGGGAUCUCAUCCAGUUUCCGCG